AUGACGCAGAUGGGCAUUAAUGGCUUCGGACGCAUUGGGCGCCUCGUCUUCCGUGCAGCCAUGGAGAAUCAAAGCGUUACGAUGGUUGCAGUCAACGAUCCGUUCAUGGACCUUGACUACAUGAAGUACUUGCUGAAGUACGACUCCGUGCACAAGAGAUUCAAUGGUUCAAUCUCCACGAAGAAGGAGAAUGGCGAAGAGUACCUGGUUGUCAAUGGACUUCCAGUGCGAAUUUUCCACGAAAAAGAUCCUGCUUCCAUCCCUUGGGGGUCCGUUGGUGCAGAUUAUGUCUGCGAAUCAACAGGCGUGUUCUGCGACAAGGAGAAGGCAUCGAAGCAUCUUCAAGGUGGGUGCAAGAAGGUUAUCAUCUCGGCCCCUCCUAAGGACAGCACGCCAAUGUUCGUUAUGGGCGUGAACCAUGAGAAGUACACGCCGGACUUGCAGGUUGUGUCGAAUGCUUCCUGCACUACGAACUGCUUGGCGCCUUUAGCCAAGGUCAUCAAUGACAACUUUGGUAUUGCGGAGGGCCUGAUGACCACCGUCCACGCCAUGACAGCUACCCAGUUGACUGUUGAUGGCCCGUCGCGUGGCGGAAAGGACUGGCGUGGUGGACGUUGUGCCUCGGAGAACAUCAUUCCAUCCUCCACCGGGGCAGCCAAGGCAGUGGGCAAGGUUAUCCCUGCUCUCAAUGGUAAACUGACCGGCAUGGCAUUCCGGGUACCAACUCCUGAUGUCUCUGUUGUGGACCUGACCUGCCGGCUGGACAAGCCAGCAAGCAUGGAUGACAUCACUGCUGCCAUCAACAAGGCUGUGGAAGGCCCCAUGAAGGGCAUUCUUGGCUUCACCGAUCAGGAGGUUGUGUCCACGGAUUUCGUGACAUGUCCGAUGUCUUCCAUUUUUGACAAAAGCGCGUGCAUUGCGCUGAAUGACAAGUUUGUGAAGCUCGUGUCCUGGUACGACAACGAGUGGGGUUAUUCCAAUCGGCUCGUCGAUCUAGCAUGCCACAUGGCACAGGUUGAUGGCAUCAUCCCGCCACCGGCAGUGAUCCAGAGCAUCAAGGCGCGCGAGAUCUUCGACUCUCGCGGGAAUCCCACCGUGGAGGUUGAUCUCAUGACAAACGAUCACCUCUUCCGUGCAGCUGUUCCAAGCGGAGCCUCCACCGGCAUCUACGAGGCUCUUGAGCUUCGUGAUGGUGACAAACAGCGUUUGCUGGGCAAGGGCGUGCUCAAGGCAGUGAAGAAUGUCAACGAGCAGAUUGCUCCGAAGCUUGUUGGCAUGGAUGUUACCAAGCAGAAGGAGAUUGAUCGGAUCAUGGUCGAGGUCCUCGAUGGCACCCAGAACGACUGGGGAUGGAGCAAGUCGAACCUUGGUGCAAAUGCCAUCUUGGCCGUGUCCAUGGCCGUUUGCCGUGCUGGUGCCGCCUCGAUGGAGAUGCCCCUCUACCAGUACUUGUCGUGUCUGUCCGGCAGACCUACAACCAGCUACGUCAUGCCAGUUCCAUCCUUCAACGUUAUCAAUGGUGGAAGCCAUGCCGGCAACCGUCUUGCCUGCCAGGAGUUUAUGAUUCUGCCAGUCGGUGCCAAGAGCUUCAGAGAAGCUCUGCAGAUCGGCUGUGAGGUGUACCAUUCCCUCAAGGGUUGCAUCAAAAAGAAGUACGGACAGGAUGCCUGCAAUGUUGGAGACGAGGGUGGUUUCGCGCCUUCAGUUCAGGACAACAACGAGGCGCUGGAUGUUUUGAUGGAUGCUAUUGAGAAGUCUGGCCACAAGGACAAGGUCAAGAUCGGAACCGACGUGGCUGCAUCGGAGUUCUACAAGGACGGAAAGUACGACUUGGACUUCAAGAAUCCCGAGAGCAAGUCGGCCGAUUGGAAGACCGGAAGCGAGAUGGCGACAUACUAUCAGGAGUGGUUCGCCAAGUAUCCCUUCGUUUCCAUUGAGGAUCCAUUCGACCAGGAUGACUGGCCUGCAUAUGCGGAGUUCUGCACAAAGUGUGGAAAGGAUGUGCAGAUCGUUGGUGACGACUUGUCGCAGCCAUAG